AUGGCACCCACAGCGUUUAUCCUUGUCCCUGGCUCGUUCUCCCCACCCCUCUUUUUCCACAAGGUAUCGGAGCAACUGCGGAACAAAGGCCAUCAAGUCAUCGAAACCAGCCUUCCAACGUGUGUCCAAGACCGGGAGACUCGACCUGUACCAACCUUAUGUGAUGAUGUAGCCAUGCUGGGAGAGACUAUCAAGGAAUGGGCAGACAAAGGAUACGACGUGGUGUUGGGCAUGAACUCGUACGGUGGCUUUCCGGGCUCAGAGUCUGUGAAGGGGUAUUCCAAGACAGAGCGGGCACAAAAUGGCCUGAAAGGGGGCGUUGUAGGGCUCGCCUACCUGGCUAGUUUCCUUCCUGAUAUCGGCGAGAGUGUGGCCUCGCUUUUGGGCGAGAGUAUGCCGGACCAGCUCAAGAAUCCACAGAGCGAUUUCAUGGAGCUCAGUAAGGAGGGCGGCGGGAAAUGGAUUCUCAACUGUCUUCCCGAAAAAGAUGCGGAUUACUAUAUGAGUAAAAUCGGGUACCACUCUCGCCAAAGCUACUUGGACUCUGUGAGCUAUUCUGGAUGGCAUACUAUUCCUACGUGGUGUCUGAUUCCCCGCGACGACUACGGAGUUCCGCCAGCUGUUCAGAAGCGGAUGUACGAAAGGGCAGCAAAACAAAAUAGGAGCCUCAAGCUGGUCGAAGCGGAUGGUGACCAUGUACCAAUGUUGAGUAAUCCAGACACAGUUGUCUCGAUCCUUUUGGAGGCUGCCGGGAAGGCUUAG